CAGAACAUUGUCCUUAGUAGAUGACAAGCAACCCACAGUCCCAAGGAGGAGGAGGAGGAGGAGGAGGGGGAAGGAGCAGGAGGAACUGGUAGGAAGCAAGGAAGGCGGAGAAAGGAAGGAAGGAAGGGAGCAGGGUAAGGACGAAACGAAGCUAACCUUCUCGAAUUCCCUCUUCAUCCUCUUGGGUCGUUGGUUCGAAUCCAACCUACCGGUAGGGAGCUGCUGUGGGUUUUCAAAAUUCUAUUUCUACCGUCGACAGACAUUCCUGAAAGGAUUAAGGAUAGACAGGGGGGUGAAGAGGGAAUUCGAGAAAGCUGAACAUCCAAGAGAGGGAGGGAUUGAAAGAAAGAGCGAGCGGGGGGGGAGGGAAGAGUAGAGGGGGGGAGAGGGGGGGAUUGAAAAGAGGCAACAAUGCCGCCAACACACGCCGUACACACGUUCUACAUGUUCAACAGACAAGGCGUGUGCCUGCAUUAUCAUGAAUGGAACCGCCCUCUCACCACCCUCAGUCCCCACGAGGAUCAGAAGCUGAUGUUCGGACUCCUCUUCUCCCUCAAGUCUUUCACGGCUAAGAUGGAUCCCAUGAGUGAUAACAAGGCUGCACUUGGGGCACCUCAACCUACUGGACAAGGCUCUUCUUUCAGAAGUUUCCGCACUAACACGUACAAGCUUAGCUUCAUGGAGUCGCCGUCUGGAGUCAAGACAGAUAUCGCAGGCAACAUGGCUCCCACAGGCAAGGAACACAGAGGCACGCCGGCCGGAAUUGUAGAGGCAUUGCCGUUUGAGCCCCUGUCUACCAAAUUGGACAUGACAUGUCAGGGUGCCGGACGUGUGAGCUCUUUUCGAUGGCCCUCGACUCUUACGUCAGCAAGCUGCAGUAAACACGCACCUGUUCCUUUCGAUUCCUUCAACAAGACGCAUCUGUGGUUGCAAUCACAGCAGCAGCAGCAGCAGCAGCAGCAGAAUAUCCGCAGCAGAAUAUCCGCAGCAGAAUAUCCGCAGCAUUCUUUUUACGCUUUCUUCAAGCGCGCGAUCCCCUUUCCGGGCGCGGGUGUCGCUGCUGCUGCAAGUGAGCGGAUUCCAGACUCGGAAGGUGAAAUCUUUGCGACGUUUUGCGUAAAGGAAGCGUCCCGCUGUUCUUCGUUCAGAUUUUCCUAGGAACUGUAGAAAAAAAAUGGUCGCUGUUGUUUCUUACGGAGCAAGUGCCUGCCCUCCCCCCCCCAAAAAAAAGAAAAGAGGCAUAUUCGCCGUAUUGUGUUUACAUUUUCCUUCUGAUUGUUCUGUUUCUUGAUUCACAAGAGGGGACAGAAGGGAAGAGGCUGAAAUGUUUUGCGAACAAUUACCAAGUGCACGAGCAUUGGUGAAAGCCGCCGUUCCUUGCAGAGGAGAAUAUUCAGACGAAUAUACAAAUUUGAAAUUUCCCGGUGAGAUAUGUUUCGCCGGGAAAUUUCAAAUUUGUAUAUUUGUCUGAAUAUUCUUCUCUGCACGGUCAAAGGCGUUCCACUCUUACGAUCGGCGAUCGCUGAUGAAUCUUUUAAGUUUUCAUUUUUUUUUGAAAAAAACUUAAAAAAAGCAUUCAUUAAUCGAUUGAAAAUCGAGGCCGGGGGCCUCACAAUUCGACCCGCAGUUAUCUUGGCAGCAUUAGCUAGUUUCGCUUAUGACGAGGCCAGAAUAGACUAUGUGCCAGAAUAGACUAUGUGCUAAGGACACAAGACUUGCUGACUCAGUACAGCUCACGCGCGGUGAAUGUUUGCCACCGAAAUUCGUUGUCCUUCCUAACUGCUGUGCAUCCGCUCUUAGAGUGCCUGUAACUGCGUUUUCUUUUCUUUUCUUUCUUUCUUUCUUUUUUACAAAACAAUACAACCCCCCCCCCCCCCCCCCCUUUUCUAUUCUUGGGGGCUCAGUCCGGUUGAUCAUCACCGGCAAGCAUGUGGUUUUACAUCUGAAAAGAGGAGCGUUUUCGUUAAAACUGAGUUUUUUUUCCCGUUUCGCAAUUUGUAUUUGAGAGACCUGAAGAGGGCAUUUGGCCUGUCCGGUAAUGAGGGCCAUUUUUUGGGACAAGUGAUCAUCGAUGGGCCUACCACUCAUCCCAAAAAAUGGCCCUUAUUACCUGAAAGGCCAAAUGACCUCUUCAGGUGAAAAAAACAAGUACAAAUUGUGAAACGGAAAAAGAAACUCAAUUUUAUUAUUUAAUGAAAAGUUGAAAACGCAGCUCUGUACCUGUCGGCUAUUCUUGAAUCUCUAGAGUCGCAAGGCCGACUGUAACGGGGCUCUGUCUCCUCGACCGACAACCUUUGCGGCUAUGCUCUGCCCCGCUCUGUCAAACCCUAAACGCUCCGUCCUCCCUGACCGAAAGGUCGUUAGGCCAAAGCAAGCGAGGGCCUCUCUUGUAUCACGGGACGUUGAGGAGGCGCUUGCCCUGUGGUCAUUGUGUUCCUGGUGGUCCUGCUGAUCCCCCAUGCGAGUCUGACAGUGUUGCCCAUUAUGGUCCUCCCCAAUUUGCCGUUGCCCAGCGCGAACUUGUCGACAACGUCCUUGUUUUUUGGUGGGGUCAUCUUGGAUGUGCUUUCGUGCUCUGCGCCGGUCCGAGUGGUACUCUGUUCGUAGGGUCUGUAUUAGUCCUUCCCAUGCUUCAGCCGCCAGCGGCGUUUGUGCUGCAAUUCUCUGCUUGCAGCGUUUCUUCCAGAUUGCGCAGAGUGUCAGGGGGCAGCCUCUAUAUCGUCACAAACAGAACUGCCCGGUAAACCGUAGGCAGAGAGAGAGAAGAGGACAAUAAAAGGGUCUUUACCCGAUGCAGGCCUCAGGCCUUGUAAAAGAAAAGCAGCACGGGCCUUGAAAAAGUAAAGCAUUGUGAAAAGG